AUGGAGUGGUUAACGAGUGUUGAGGGCUUAAGUGCCCGUCAGGAGCUGGAGGCGUCCGUUCGUGGGCACCACCCUAACUUGCGUGAUGAGGAGAUAGACCUCCUUGUGGACGGUCGUCUACUGCGCAUGGUUAGGGAGCGCGCGGCGGAGCAAGCACCUACGAGCAACCAACAAGGAGGAACCGGUGAAGGAGGAGCUGUGCGCGAGGCUCCUGGUGUCGUGGGCAUAGGUGGAGGAGCUGUUGUAUCGACCAUUGACACGGGAACGAUCGGGACGAGCUACGGCCAAUUCAAGUUUGGAGUAGAGCACAUCUCCGUGACGUCGCUGCUGGAGGGAAGGCACGACCUCACCGCGUGGGUCAGCGCCAUCCGACCUCAGCUCCAGUGUGCUGAUUUGUGGCAGUUCUGCAACAGGACAGCACCAAGCCCGGCCCCAAACAACCCCAUGCAACGAAGGGAGGCUCGCACCAUUCGAGCGGAGUUGCUGACCAUUAGACAGGAGGUCCAUAUAGCCACAUUCGCUGCGCACGUGCUGAAGGGUCUGCCGCCGGAGUACAGAUUUCUUCGCCGCAGGCUCAAUAUUUCCAGCCCUGACAUGACGGUGGAACGUGUGUGCAGCGAGGUGUUGAUGGAGGAGCAGACUCUCUCCAUCGAACACAGCUACAAGCAGAUCACUAGCGAUGCAUCUGCUUUCUCGGGUGUUGUCAACACGAUUGUGGCUACAACGGGGGUCAACGGGAAGGAAGGAAAGGGAGGAAAGGAGAAGACGGACAAGAAGAAGGAUGGCAAGCGGGAGAAGAAGCGAGCCCCCUUCAAGGGGCGCUGUUGCAACUGCAAUGAGGAGGGGCACAUGGCUGCCAAGUGCCCCAACAAGAAGAAGGAUGCAACGCCCGCGGCAGCCGCGAACGUAGCUGAAGGAGACGGGAAGGGCAUGGCGCUCACCGUUGCGUGUUCGGCUGAAAAGUUGCUGGCCGACGACAAGGACUUGUGGUUCCUUGACUCGGGAUGCUCCCAACACAUGACCGGCCGCAAGGAGUGGUUCAUGGUGAUCCGUGACUCACCUGCAACGAAAUCUGUCAAAGGGUUUGAUGGUUCUAUGCAGGUAGUUGGCGGUGUUGGUGAGGUUUUACUGAAGGGCACCAACAAGUUGCGCCUGACCCUGCAUGAUGUCCUCUUUGUGCCAGGAAUGAAGGCCAACUUGGACUCCCUUGGGCAGCUCACGGACAAGGGAGCAAAUCUGCAAACCAAAGAAGGUGUCACCCGCGUCAUCGCAUUGGGAGGACAAGUGGCUGCAACGGCACGCUACCGCCAUUGUCUUCUCUGCCUUGACCUGAAACCGUGGCCAGCAUGCAACGGCACGAUGGCUGCGGCGGCAUGCAACGGCACGGGGGCUGCAGCGGCAUGCAACGGCACGAUGGCCGCAGCGGCAUGCAAUGGCACGGGGGCUGCAGCGGCAUGCAACGGCAUGAGGGCUGCAACGGCAUGCAACGGCACAGCGGCUGGAGCGGCAAGCAACGGCACGGUGGCUGCAGUGACAUGCAACGGCAUGACUAAGGCGGUUGUUAAAGUGGCGUCAAGCAAGCCGGAAACGAAGGACGGAGCGGCCAGCCUCAAGACACGCGCGGUGGGCUCCAAGGAAACGCCCAACCUAUAG